AAAGGCAGGACUGAGAGAGAGAGAGAGAGAGAGAGAGACAAGCACAGGAGUGGAUUAAGAAAGCGGGAGGAAGAAGAGAGAGAGAGAGGGUGAGAGAAAGCAAGAGAGAGAGAGAGAGAGAGAGAGGUACAAGCAGACGGAGGAGAGGAAGUGAGGUGUGGAAGUUAUGGAUACCCUGGCGCUAGAGGCCACCCAGCCCAAAAAGGCUGCCCUGUCUACAGCCCCCGUUCCAGCCAAGCGCCCUAAACCCGCCAAAAAGGCUAAAAAGGCUGUGGUUUUCUUUGAGGUGGAGAUCCUGGAUGCCAAGACCAAGGACAAGCUCUGCUUCCUGGACAAGGUGGAGCCAAAUGCCACCAUUGGGGAGAUCAAGUCUAUGUUCCACAAGUCCCACCCACAGUGGUAUCCAGCCAGACAGUCCAUCCGCCUCGACCCCAAGGGGAAGUCCCUGAAGGAUGAGGACGUGCUGCAGCAGCUCCCUGUGGGGACCACGGCAACCUUCUACUUCAGAGACCUGGGAGCUCAGAUCAGCUGGGUCACUGUCUUUCUGACGGAGUAUGCAGGGCCCCUCAUCAUCUACCUGCUCUUCUAUUUCCGCGUUCCCUUCAUCUAUGCCCCGAAGUACGACUUCACCACCAGCAAGCACUGGGUCGUGCAUCUGGCCUGUAUGUGUCACUCUUUCCACUACGUCAAGAGGCUGCUGGAGACGCUGUUCGUGCACCGCUUCUCCCACGGCACCAUGCCGCUCCGUAACAUCUUCAAGAACUGUACCUACUACUGGGGCUUCGCUGCGUGGAUGGCCUAUUACAUCAACCACCCUCUCUACACGCCACCGAUCUAUGGAGAGCAGCAGGUGAAGAUGGCCCUCAUUAUAUUCCUGUUCUGCCAGAUCGGGAAUUUCUCCAUCCACAUCGCUCUGCGCAACCUUCGACCUCCUGGCUCUAAGACCAGGAAGAUCCCGUACCCCACAAAGAACCCCUUCACCUGGAUCUUUCUGCUGGUCUCCUGUCCUAACUACACCUAUGAGCUGGGGUCCUGGCUGGGGUUCACCCUGAUGACUCAGUGUGUGCCCGUGGCCUUCUUCACCCUGGUGGGCUUCGUCCAGAUGACGGUGUGGGCCAAGGGCAAGCACCGCAGCUACCUGAAGGAGUUCCGCGACUACCCUGCCCUCCGCUCCCCCAUCGUCCCCUUCAUCCUGUAGGCGACGCCCAAACACCUGCGCCCCGCCCCGCCCCGCCCCGCAACAAACCCCACCAGCAUAUUACCCAACCGACCCAUGUCCAGCCCAUGAAAGAUCCAGCUCUUAAUCAGGACUUUUUGCUUUUCUGGGAGAUUGCUGCUCAUUGGCUAGCGAUGGGAGAAGGUUGGGCUUCAUGAACCCCCCCCCCCACCCCCAAGUGGGGCGGAGUGAUGUUGCUGGAACCACUUGUUAGUAUUUUGCUUUGGAGGCUGGAGAGGGAAAGAUGUUUCGAUUGGUUAGUCCAAUGUGUCAGUCACGUUAGCUUCAUCCGGAUUGGGCGGUUCAUGAAGUCAGACGAUCCCAUCCCUGUCACUAAGGAAGUCAGUGGAUUAGGUCUGAUGUGAGUGUUCUUGGCAUCUGUCACUUUCUCACAUUAUUUGGGUGUGUUGUAAAAAAAAGAAAAGAAAAAAAAAAGGGCUCAUUAAGAGAGGAAUAAAUUAACAAUCGUACUUGUUAGUUGAGAAAUGUUAAUGUACCAAAAUUGGUCUGUGACUUUGGGAACUCUGUAUUUUAUUGGUAAAUGUUGUUGAGCCAAUUUCUUGAUUAAGAAACAGGAAAAAAAAACAAAAAAAAAACAUUUUAAUAGGCUUUCUUCUGUAAAUCCAAACCAUAAAGCACUGCAAAAUUUGUUUGGCCCUGUGAUCUAGGCAACCUUGUUCUUUAGAUCUGUGUAAGGCUAAUUUCUUACAAAAUGAGUUUAUGUUCUGUCUCAAUGAUUCAUUACUGAUCUAUCUUGUCUACUAAAGGCACUGUUUACAGCAAUGUCUGAAUACACUGAAAGACUAAGCCCCAUA